AUGCUUUCCAGUUACAUACUUCAAAUUUUGUGCAUCAGUUUGGUGCAGUGUAGAACCAUUUAUUUGGAGCUAAACUCCCCUACGCUUGACGAGGUUAAUUUUUUGCUACAAUAUGGAUACUUAUCGAAAGAUUUGGCCGGAGUUGGCUACACUUACACGUCACAAUCUAUUUCCGAAGCUGUCAAGAAAAUGCAGGCCUUCGCAGGGCUACCACAAACAGGAGUACUAGAUGUACCAACUAAACAGUUAUUCAAAAGAAAAAGAUGCGGUUUGAAAGAUAUAGAUGAAGACUCGCACGCAAGAAAUCGCAGAUAUAUUAUACAAGAAGGAUGGAAUAAACGCGAGGUCACUUACAGACUCCUGAAUGGUUCAAGUACAAUGAGCAAGGAUCGCAUAGAAAGGCUUCUAGAGAAUGGUUUGGAGGUAUGGGCGCCCCACGGGAACCUCCACUUCACGAAACUAGAUGAAGGCAAAGCGGACAUACAAGUUUAUUUCGCUUCCGGCAACCAUGGAGACGGGUUCCCCUUCGAUGGCCCUGGUCGAGUAGUGGCCCACGCGUUUCCACCGCCACUCGGCGAUAUACAUUUUGAUGAUGACGAAACCUGGGGAGUUGAGUCUGAUAUAUCUGAAGACGGAGAAGAAGACAUCACGGACUUCUUCGCGGUGGCCGUCCACGAGAUCGGACACUCUCUGGGCAUGUCACAUUCUAACGUCAAAUCUUCUGUUAUGUAUCCAUAUUAUCAGCUGCCCGUUGACAAGCUACACGUGGACGACAUAUUGGGCAUGCAAGAGUUGUACUUAAACGUAAAAGGUUCUGAAGAAUCAGAGGGCACCGAGCGCACGGUAGGGUCGUCGCAGGCGCCCAGGUUCACAAAGACGGACAGCGAGGAGUUCGAUGACGCGCCCGACCUAUGCAUGACCAACUACGACACCUUGCAAGUCAUACACGGCAAGAUAUACGUGUUCGAAGAAGAGUGGGUCACAGUUCUUCGUGAUAGAAACGUCAGAGAGCCCGGGUACCCGAAGAGAUUCCAUGAGCUUUUCAUUGGUCUCCCGUCCAGCAUCAAAGUUAUACGGACCAUCUAUGAGAAACACGAUCGGAACGUUGUCGUCUUUUCAGAAAACAAAUACUGGGAGUUCAGUCCGUCAUUCCGUCUGAUGAGGCGUGGCUCUCUCACGGAUUACUCCAUCCCGGACAACGUUACAGAGUUGACCACAGUGUUCAUAUCCAAUUACAACAACAGGACAUAUCUGAUCGAGGAGGAAAGGUAUUGGCGGUACGACGAACUAACCGGUACGAUGGAUGAAGAUUACCCAAAGGAUAUGUCGACAUGGCGGGACGUACCGUACCCUGUCGAUGCUGCUAUUGUUUGGAAAGAAGACACAUUCUUCUUCCAAGGUCCUCGUUUUUGGCGCUUUGAUAACAACCUCGUCCGAGCACACGAGUACUACCCGCUCCCGACCGCACAGAUAUGGUUCGACUGCGAAUCCAACUUCGAAAUGACCUACUACACCAUCAACGACGGACCAUAAGCUGUAGACACUUGGCGCGUUGACGAGCUCGCGGGUCGCGUGUCGAGCGGUCCACGGGCUCGUAGACGUGCCAAUACCCGCCUUGAUAACCACCCGGACUGCAGUACAACACCAUCUGUUUUGGUUGGAGUUAUAUAAUGCCUUUCAUCAAGAUAAUUAGCAUCUCAAAACACGAUACGUCUUGGUUGGAGUUAUACAUAUAUUAAUAUCAAUGUCAUCAGACGUAACCACACGACACCGAGUCACAAUUUGUAUUUUUACAACUUCCAAUGUUCUAUUCUUCAAACAGGUAACCAUAACUAGUUCGUGGCAGUAAUAGGCAAAAUGGCGGUGCAUACCCGUGCAAGCUCGCAAUACGUUCUCGACCAGAAAAAUAAUAAUGCAUUUAUUUUACUGGUGCUAGGACGUCUUGUGAGUCCGCGCGGGUAGGUACCACCGCUCUGCCAUUUCUGCCGUGAAGUAGUAAGCUAAACCAAACAAAACUACAUGAAUCGCCACAUGCUCAACUUUAACAACUCAAAUUUAAUGCUAAUUAAGUUUAAGUGA